GAUAUCGCCAAUGAGACCUUCGCGAUAUUCUCUCCAUCGGACCCAAGGGUUAAGACUACUCUAACAGCUCGAAUAGUCGAUGCAUUGAUGCGGAACUUGCUCAAUAUUAUAUUCGCCCUGCAAACAUGGCUAUUGGGUUUUGUACCAUACAUCGGCACCUUCCUCAAUCUGACAAGCAUGUGCUUGCUGAUUUCUACAUACAGCUUCGAGUAUCGAUGGGUAUAUCUCGGAUGGGAGUCCCAUGUCCGUUUACGUUUCAUAGAGAGGCAUUGGGCAUACUUCAUCGGAUUCGGUCUCCCCUCGACUGUGCUAUGUUCCGUCUUUCCACGGUUCAUCGACAACGGAAUCUUUUCAAUGCUCUUCCCUAUCUGCAUUAUGACAGCC